AGUUUAAUCGUUAAAAGUUUUUCUUACGUUUGUGUCAGUUGUUGUGAUAGCUUAUUUUUGUCACAUUUUCAUCAUUUAACGUGAAUACAGAAGCAGACGCCCACCUUUCAUCAUGUUUACUUUUCAAGAAUGACAAUGUGCGCACUUCCUGAACAUUUUUUCGAGGGAGGUCGGGGGAGUUUCAGCACAUUCCCCGAGUUAUCAAGUUCCUUUCCCCCCACAAUACCAACUCUUUACUGCGCAAACACUUGAGCUGAACCACGACCCACAAUAUAAAGUGUAGUUUGGCUCCUGUUUGUUUGAGAGGAGGCUGUACCUGCUGACUGACCAUGCAUUACACGGGGGUGGAGUAUGAUAAAAGGUAAAUCAUCAGCUUAAUGUCACAUGAUCAUUGGUAAUCGACAUCCAGGACGUGAUCAGAUCACGGAGGAGAGCUUGAUCAGUUCAGUCCUUUCUUAUCACAAGUUGAUUGUCUGUGUUUGAUGGAGCGUCAGCCUAUAAUGAAGUAAGGGUCAUUUAAGUUUGCGAUUUGACUUCUAGGCUAAUUUUUUUUAAGUAAAAAUCUCAGUGGCCUUAACUUUCCUUUUCUUUCGUUCCUCUUUUGCAGCCACAACAACCCAGGCUACGGAAUAGCGAACCCCGGGUAUGUCCCCGCGGCAGCAGGAGGACCUGGUAAGAUCAAUAAAUUUGUCCUAUCAACUUUUAAAAACAAAAUUAACCCGUUUUAAAGACAUAUUUGUGGUUGGUUAACGGAGUUAAAAAUACACUCUCCCGUUACACGGUUCAGCGUGCCGAGCAGUGACGUCAUUUCGACGUGCAGGUUAAGUGAGGUGUCACGUCUCGAAGACGCUGUGGGUUUUUUCAGCCCUACUACAGAUCUAUAGGAGUUAGAGCCUUCGGGGGACAGCUUUUUUCUGUCUGUGAGUUUUUAGUGUAGCUGUAAAACAUCUUACGAUGUUUGGAAACGCGGGUAAUAACAUGGAGGCGCAAGGUAAGUUCCUCAGUCACUCGCGACUAUGUCCUCCUGUGUUUUCAUGUAUUGACAGCUAUACAUCAGAUAAUUACAAGGAUUCUGUCUGAGUUUAGGAAAAGGUACAGCUAUGAAAUCUAGGUUUUAAUUGUGUGCUGUAUCUUAAACUGGAUUUUUGUAUUGUGCAUGAAAAGUGAAUUAGAUUCAACUUGUGAAAAGCUAGAGUUGUCCUCAUGACUGAAACUGGUUCUUCUGGUUUUCUUUCAGCGCUGUUCGCCCCACCCGCAGCUGACUCCCAGGGCCCCAGCGCUCCUCCGGCCAGCAUGUUUGACAGUGUGCCUGGCUACGAAGGAACAGUGGCGGGAGGAGGAGGUAAACCACAUAUUGCAUGCAUUCUUUAGUGUUUUUCGACACCCCUCCUUAACCCUUGGACACUAAAGCUAAAAAUAGUAACACCAUCACCAUCGCCAGGAGAUUUUUACCCGGAAUAAUAUACCCAGGAAAAGUACUUGUCAUCAAAAUAUAUCAAAACAAGACAGUACAUGAUAAAUUGAAGUAGUUUUCCUCCAUUUUCAACUGUGCAGUGUUCAAAGAGAGAGAAAGAAAGUACCAUGAGGGACCACAUAAAAAUGCAACAAAAUAACUGAAGUUAGGCAUUCAUGAACAAAAAAUUCCGACAUAUAUAUAUAUAAUUUCUUUUCCAUCCAUUUGAGAGUGUAGAGAGAACCAAAAUAUGGCAUAUUUUGAGUGGGUAAAUAUGACCAGCUGUCUAAAAUGUUUCUUAUCACCAUAUGAAUUCCCUGAAAAAUCACUACUUUAUGAUAGUUGUUCAUAACCACUGCACUAAAUAAAGAAAGCAUGCAAAUUCUAGGGCCACUCUUACUGACCUUAUUCCCUACAUGCAGCUAUCAAAUCCACCCAAACCCACUUACCCUCUAUCACUAUUGCUGGGUGAAAAUCACCUAAACACGUGCCUGUAGGAAAAAGCAGGUGUUGGAUCAGGGAAAUAAAUAUGUCUUCAAAGAUGUCAAAGGCAAUGCUGAAGCUACCCAGGGACCCAUGAUACUCAGACAAACGCAGCAUAAUGAAAAUCACCUAAACAUGUUUAGUCGUGUAAAAUCACCUGCAUAUAGUGUUCUAGGGUUAAGAAUUCUGUGCUUCUAAUAGGCCAUCUUACCCUCAUGUGUUUGUGAAUUUAUUCAGCAAAACACCACCAACACUCCUCAAUAUUCAUAAUCUGGGAAUGCAUGUUGUAUACAAUUUCAAAAGCAUGCCAAAAGGAAUGACCGCUGAGUACAUAAUACUGUAUGAUCAAGACUGGAACUAAUGCUCCUAGGAUAAACUGAUGAUACUGUCAUGUCUGUCAAAGGUGGAUUUCUUCCUCCUCCAAUGCCUACUUUCCCAGCUGCUCCGCCUGAACCUUUACCCCAACAACCAAGUUGGAAGUAAGUCUCUAACCGUUUCUUUUUGUUCACGCAUGAGAAGCCUUGCAAAAGACUUUCAGUUAAAAUAUACAGUAAUAGCAAGCUAAGCACUUCCUCACUUCCUCUUAAUUUUAAGACCCCAUGCAAUAAUCUAUCUCAUUCUCACACUACUUACAGUAUUCCAUCUAUCAGUGAGGACACAGCCAAGGAGGCGUUUGUCCUGUUUGCCUCCAGUAAGUGCUGCUACAGCACAGCACCAGCAAAGGAUGGUAUGAUAACCAAAAUGGACGCGUUUAAUACCUAUAGGGUAAGAGGAUGACUGUUUAGGGGUGUAUGUGUUUUGAAUAUGAGCAAGAAAAGCAUAGAACCCAAUAAAGCAUUUAUGGUGGCUAUUAAAAAAUAAAUGGAGCAAUAUGAUGACUCCUGCUUCCUACUUCAAUGUUUGCUCUAGUAUCGCCUGGAAACCUUCACUGAAUCAAGAUCUACAGAGUGGAGUCAAGAGCCAUACAACGGUACACUAGUGUUAUUUUGUUUCAUGAGGGUCAGUCUCUUUUGCAGUCAGUCAGCUAUUUACAACCUUGUCUAACAUUAUGCUGUUUUAUUUGGAUCAGGCCAGCCAGUGGAUGCCUAUUCCCAACCUCCACCAGGGCCGUGGGAUAUUCCGGCGAAAUCCCCCAAUUUCUUUGUGGAUGACAAGCAGACUAUCAAGGUUCCCUACACGUCAUCUGUGAAGGUAAAUCUCAUUAGACUGAUUUGAAAGAAAAACAGCAUCUGUGAUUACGCCAGUCAAGUCAGCACUGACUUGUGUUAUUUUAUUCACAGAGCUGCCACGCUUGUGUAGGAAUGGGGAGGAAACCUUGCAAUGACUGUGCCGGUGCUGGAAACGUAAGUAUUUUCUAUCACCUAACUGAAAGGGCAACUAAAAAAAACUUGAAUUAGAUCAUCUGAUCAUGUGAUUCACCUCUGCUUCUACCAGAAAGUCUGUUGGGUUUGCAAUGGAUCUGGUUUUCGCCACGGAGAUGACCGGUGCCACCACUGCACCGGCAGAGGGAGGGAAAAGUGAGUGUAAUGUAUUUAUCUCUUCGAUUUUUAAAAACAGAGAAAAGAUGCUGCUCGAUAAUAAAGAAACAACUCUGUUUUCAGUUGCAGCCGCUGUCACGGGCAAGGAUCCAGACAAUGUGAUACAUGUCAGGGAAAACAGCAGCUUCUGGUGUACAUCAAACUCAAUGUGAAAUGGUACUGCUUUCUCUACAUUUAUGAAGAAUGUCUAAUUUAACUAAUAGGACAUAGAGUCAUUGUUUUAAACUCAAGUGUCAAUUUAUCUGGUCACAUAUCUGCCACAAGUUGUAAAUUUUGUUUUAUUCCUGAAUGCUUUCAGGACCAACAACAUUGAUAACUAUACUGUGGAGCAGUCAAGUGGACUGCAGUUGGAUAACCUGAGUAAGGUGACUGGCAAGGAGCUUUUCAGAGACUCUCAAUACAUGGUAAAAUAUACUUUCUCUCUGUCUUAGUGUACAAACUACAUAUUUUGGUUUUGAGGAGAAUUAUUUGAUAAACUUGUAAUCAAGCAUAAAUCUAAAUGGCUUAGCAUCUACUCCACCAAAUGGUUUGCAAAACUGUCAACACAGGAUGUGUUUCAGCCAUGUUGUAAUCUCUUGUGCCACUUAAACACUUUCAAGGUGAUCUACUAGAAAAACUGUGGCUAAAAAAAAACCCUUUGGCCCCAAGUCGGGCAAGAAGUUCACAAUUUUGCCUUGUGCACCCUGCGUGUUUUGAGAGAAAAAAAAAGGUUGCAUGUCCAUCCAUAGUUGCACUGAAGGCUUUCACCACAGCCAAUAUAUGAGCGACCACAUAGAAGCACUGUGGCUGACACAUCUGAUCUAACUCUGAUCACAUAAAUCUGCUUCUGCGUGCUGUCACACACGUAACCUUAUGUUGACCUUUUGUUCUAAGGUCUUUGGUAUUUUCCCACCCUGCACAGCUUCUGCUAUAAAGUUUUAUUGUGAUUCUGUAAAUUAAUAAAGAAAAUAAAACUCUUAACAUGGUUUUAAACACCCUGUACAGGUCUAUCCAUUGCUGGGAUUCCCAGAUGCUGCAGUGGUGAAUUCUUCACAGCGCCUUGUGAGUGAACACCAGGCCAAGUUUUCCCAGUCAUCCCGCAUUCUGCAACAGGUAACUGUAACCAAAUCUUGUAUAUAAAUUUACAUUUUGUCUGUGUAAGUGUACUCACUAUCAAAGCACAUUUUUCCUUUUAAUAUGUUAAUUGUUAUUUUCUUUCCUUGUCUGCAGCGUCAAACCAUAGAGCUGAUCCCCGUCACCAAAGUGACUUACUCAUGGAAAGGGAAAUCACACCUUUAUUUUGUUUACGGGAAUGAGUUCAAAGUUAAUGCUGAUGAUUAUCCAGCUACUUGCUGCUGCACUAUAAUGUAAUUGCAAUGGUUGCUUAUGAAGGUUUUUCAAUUACAGAUCAAUGGAUAAGUUUUUUCACCUCAGUCUGAACAGUGGGGAGUCCUCAGGCAUGAAAACAUGUCUAUCUGAAUCAGAGCUUUCAUUCCAGCGAAGGCAAACAGAGAGAUUUCACCAAAGAACUCCCACUUUUUCUGUAGAACUGAUGAAACUGUUUUAAAAGUAAUCUCCAAGGCUAGACACAAAGCCAGUUUACCUUUGAGCCACUAACGCGGUGUCUCUAACAGUUUUUAUUUUGAGCUUUUUAUGCACGCACCAAAGAAGAAAAAUGUUUGCUGGCACAAUAUUAAUGAGUCCAAUGUCGAAAUAUUGACCUUUCUGAUACUGAAGCGAUAUUAUUUUUACAUUUAUAAAUCAACAUUUUUGAUACAGUGUAGUUGUCAAAGUAUUAACAUUUAUAUGAGUUACUGCAUUCUAAUGUGAUCUACUGCUGUUAUGCUUGCAUGGUCAAUCAUGUUUGUUUGUUUUUUUUAAAUAUUCAUGUCAACACUGUUAACUUUAUGAUCUCACCAGUUCAAUUUAUCUGAAACCUGCUUUGUAUUAAUCCAUCCAUUUAAAUAAAUGCUAUUUUUUUUACUUGA